CAGUGCCACGCCCAUAGGCAAAGGAUGUGCCGGCCAGCAUGUAAACACUGAAAGGCAAGUGCAAUAAUCGGAGUCCAGCAGACAAUACACGGAGUGCAAAUAGAGCUGGUGUUGGACAGAGAAAGAAACAGAGGUAGAGAGAAAGAAAAAAAGGGAGGUAGGGAGAGAAGGAGCGAGAAAGAGUGAGUAUACUGAGAGCCUUGGCUCUGGCACAGCCGCAAACGCAACCUGUGGCAGUGCAGGGCAGAGUCCGGCUGGCCAAGCUAGUACCGCGAUCGCCGUAUUCGGCCACAAUGCCCGUACAGGCUCAGCCAGAUGUUCGCAGCAGCGGAAGCAUGGAUCGCACCAGAGACGACAACAGCAUGGAGUUCGGGCACAAUGCAGCCGCGGCGAGCGCUGCAACGGCCAAGCCGUGGGGCAACAAGGAGUCGCCCAAUAACGAGGACGACUCCAACGGCGAUGAUGACGUUGACACCACGACGCCUGCUAAGGUCACCGAUCCUCUGGCCCCACGACUAGGCAGCCAUGAGCGCGUGUUGGUCGUGUCCGUGACGGAGCGACAUCGUGAAACUUGGGGCCAGAAGGCCGAGUUCCUUUUGGCCGUUAUCGGGUUCGCCGUAGACUUGGGCAACGUCUGGCGCUUUCCCUACAUUUGCUAUCAGAAUGGUGGCGGUGCCUUCCUGGUGCCUUAUUGCAUCUUCCUCAUCUUUGGCGGUCUGCCGUUGUUCUACAUGGAGCUGGCCUUGGGUCAAUUCCAUCGCUGCGGUUGCAUCAGCAUCUGGAAGCGCAUUUGCCCAGCAUUGAAGGGCGUUGGCUAUGCCAUUUGCCUGAUCGACAUUUAUAUGGGCAUGUACUACAACACGAUAAUUGGCUGGGCGGUGUACUACUUGUUCGCCUCGUUCACCUCCAAGUUACCCUGGACGUCGUGCGACAACGCAUGGAACACCCAGAACUGCAUGCCCGUGACAAGCGAGAACUUCACGGAGUUAGCCACAUCACCGGCUAAGGAGUUUUUCGAGCGUCGAGUUCUGGAGAGUUACAAGAGCAACGGGCUGGACUUCAUGGGGCCUGUUAAACCCACCUUGGCGCUUUGUGUGUUUGGAGUCUUCGUGCUCGUCUACUUCUCGCUCUGGAAAGGCGUACGCAGUGCCGGAAAGGUCGUCUGGGUCACGGCCCUGGCGCCCUACGUAGUACUCAUUAUCUUGUUGGUGCGCGGCGUAUCUCUGCCUGGCGCCGAUGAGGGCAUCAAGUAUUACCUGACUCCCGAGUGGCACAAGCUGAAGAACUCCAAGGUUUGGAUUGAUGCAGCCUCGCAAAUCUUCUUCUCCCUGGGUCCAGGUUUCGGCACUCUGCUCGCCCUCUCCAGCUACAAUAAGUUCAAUAACAACUGCUAUCGGGAUGCGCUCAUAACCAGCAGCAUCAAUUGCCUGACCAGCUUUCUGGCCGGAUUCGUUAUCUUUUCGGUGUUGGGCUAUAUGGCCAACGUGCAGAAGACAUCGAUUGACAAGGUGGGCUUGGAGGGACCCGGCCUGGUUUUCAUUGUGUAUCCUGAGGCUAUCGCCACCAUGAGCGGCUCGGUCUUUUGGAGUAUUAUAUUCUUCUUAAUGCUCAUCACGCUGGGUCUGGACAGCACAUUUGGCGGCCUGGAGGCGAUGAUAACGGCCCUCUGCGACGAGUAUCCACGUGCGAUCGGGCGAAGGCGAGAGCUGUUCGUGCUGCUCUUGCUCGCCUUCAUCUUCCUGUGCGCACUGCCCACAAUGACCUAUGGUGGCGUGGUCUUGGUCAACUUUUUGAAUGUAUACGGACCCGGCUUGGCCAUACUCUUCGUGGUGUUCGUCGAAGCAGCUGGCGUUUUCUGGUUCUAUGGCGUUGAUCGCUUCAGCGCGGAUGUGGAGCAGAUGCUGGGCGCCAAGCCAGGGAUUUUCUGGCGCAUCUGUUGGACGUACAUAAGCCCCGUGUUUCUGUUGGUAAGUGGACAGAGAGAGAGAGAG